AUGUGGUUACGUCUUCAAAGCGUGUGUUUGAGAAAGCUGACAGUGCGUCCAGGUUACGUGUCUGGUGUGUUUGACGCGCGGCUGAGGAGAAGUGUCAGUCACUCAGCCUCAAGAGCAGCCACCUGCAAAGCUCUGCAGUACAACAAGCACGGAGAGCCGGCCCAAGUCAUCCACUUGGUGGAUGUCGACUAUGGACCCGUCGGUGCGAAGGAAGUCCUUGUAAAGAUUCUAGCGGCCCCCGUCAAUCCCUCUGAUGUGAACAUGAUCCAGGGCACAUACGCCAUCCUCCCUGACCUGCCAGCGACCGGAGGAAACGAGGGGGUCGGCGAGGUCUCUGAGGUGGGCUGCGGAGUGACGUCUUUGAAGCCUGGGGACUGGGUUAUCCCUAAAGACGCAGGUUUAGGUACUUGGAGAACAGCUGCUGUGUUUUCUGAGGAUGAUGUCGUCUCACUCCCCAACGACCUCCCCCUAUUGGCUGCGGCCACUUUGGGAGUAAACCCCUGCACAGCCUACAGGAUGCUGGCUGAUUUUGAAGACCUGAAGCCUGGAGAUACAGUUAUACAAAAUGCAGCUAACAGCGGAGUGGGACAGGCCGUGAUACAGAUUGCUGCUGCUCGAGGAAUUAGCACUAUUAACGUAAUCCGAGACAGGCCAGAGUUCACUCAGCUCAGUGAUAGACUGAAGGCUAUUGGAGCGACUCGUGUGAUCAAAGAAGAGGCGCUGAGAAAGCCUGAUAUGAAGGAGCUUUUUAAAACUUGUCCGAGGCCUAAACUGGCUCUAAAUGGUGUUGGUGGCAAGAGUGCAACAGAAUUGCUUCGGCAUCUACAGGUUGGAGGAUCUAUGGUAACGUAUGGAGGGAUGGCCAAGCAACCAGUUACAAUUCCUGUGAGUGCUCUUAUUUUCAAGGAUGUGAAGGUUCGAGGAUUCUGGGUCACACAAUGGAAGAGGAAUCAGUCUCAUGACGGCCGAGCCUUCAGGAGCAUGAUCGAUGAUUUAUGUUCCCUCAUCAAGCAGAAGAAGCUGGCUGCUCCGGCUUGCAACGAGGUGCAUUUUGAGGAAUACAUCAAGGCUUUGAAUGCUGCAAUGCAACCGUUCACGUCUUCUAAGAAUGUUCUUAUAAUGUAA